ACAUGGUUUGACAACGUCGUUUGGGUACUGCCAAAUCCCUGAAUCUAGCUAAUGUUGUUGACGUCCAAACAGCCAGAAUAAAACUGUAAUACAUUUAUGUACUGCUAAUUGUAGUUUUACUGAGAUUUCCCCCAACAGACAGAUUAGAUUAGCCACUCCUCCGUUAGCAUACGGGGACAGGCAAUCAUAGCUAACAGUUACCUAGUGUUUUCGCAAUUUGGAAAGAUGGCUGGGGACUUGCGCGAUUUGGCGCUGGAAAAAGCUGAACUGCUUUCCAGCCGAUUGAAGGAGCUCCUUUCUUCUGGUCAAGGAUAUGCCAGGGCUCAGUUCGGGGUGGAUUUGGGUCUGAAGCCCGAGCUGUACCCGACGUGGCUCAUCCUGUCCACGGCCGCGGUGGGUCUGCUGCUGCUGCUCGGUCUGUCCUGGGCCGCCGUCUGUGGCGGUCUGCUCGUCGGGAAAAAGCGAGGAUCCCCGGUCACCCAGAGCAGCGGAGAGCCCGUCAAGGCCACUUCUGUUAAAGCGGCGAAGCCAGAAGAACAGAAGAAGAGGAACAAAAAGAAGACGCCUGAAAAGAAGACUCAGUCCAACGGGCAGCCAGUGACUGUGGCUCAGGAGGAGGUUACAGGGACUGAGGGGGUUUCCAAGCUGUCCCCACAGAUCAAAACCCAGAAGGUUCAUGAGGUACAGGCUCCAGUGCAGGUGAAAAAGAACAAGAAGAAAACCAAGACAGAUUUGAAACCAGUCCAGCACGUGUCUACGAAUGAUGGGAAGGAACCUGAUGAUGGUGCCUGGGAGACCAAAGUCAGUAACCGAGAGAAGAGGCAGCAGCGCAGGAAGGACAAGGGCCCUGAGGACUCUGGUAGCUCAGGAGGUGGGGAGGCCCCCAAAACCCAUGUGAUGGCACCUGUAGCCACAGCACCUACCAACACCAAGAGGAACAGAGGAAGCCAAGAGUCACUGCCUUCAAGAACCACUGGAAAGGGGGAUGCAGCCAGUGGAGCUGGGUCCUCCACUUGGAGAGAGGAGCCUUCAGUCAACGGCGUAGGAUGGACUGACAUUUCCGUAAAGCUCCCAGGUCAGAUGGGUGCUAUGGGGGGAACCAAGUGGAGUAACAUGCCAACAGCUUCACAUUACAGGGCCCCAGUUGAGCCCCAGCGCUGGUCGCAGGAGACGCAAGCAGCAUGGACUGGCAUUGAUGGUCGGAUAAAGAGUGACCUCAAACCUGUGUCCUUCUCCAUGCGGAGACUAAAAACCACAGACCCAAUAUCAAAUUCAAUUGAGCUGCAGUGGGCGAGCCACCCAGACGUUGAGGAUGAAUGGUCUGGAUUCAAGGGAAUGGCAGCAGCGGACCCCAGCUCUGACUGGAAUGCCCCAGCAGAGCACUGGGGAAACUAUGAAGAGCCUCCUUUGUUGGUGACAGCAACCCCUCCACUGAAGGAACAGCCUGUCCCCAACAAGAUAUCAGAGGAUGAGAAGGAGACUGAUGAUCCCUCCGGGAAAGCAGCCAAAUCCAAGAAGAGGAGGAAAAAGAAGAAGAAAACAGAAGAGGAGGCUGCAUCCAAGGCCCAGGUGGUGAGCACAGCAUCCCUGGUCAAUGCAGUGCCUAAACCCCAAGAGCUUCCUGUGUUGGCCUCCAAAAAGCAGAAUCCUAGCACAUCCUCCUUUCAGAAGAAGUCUGAGCAGAUUGUGGAGCCUCCGAAACCCUCCCAGAAGAAAAAGGUCCGAAGGGAAACAUGAGGUUACAUCACAGGUCCAAGCGAAGCAUAUGCAAAUGAUUGUUAAAUGUGUCACAUGCAAUAAUUACCAGGUACAGAGUUUCUUUCUGAGAUACAUUAACAGUUUAUCAGUUGCCGAAACAAAAAGUAAACAAGCAGUGGAUAUCACCUGCUUGGCUAAAAACAGUGAUGAAAUGUGGUCCUGUGGACUGAAAUCUUAACCAAUUUGCACUAUAUGCUACACUGCAGCCAGAUUGGAGUUUCAGGACAGGUAGACUUGCAGUGGGGGUAUAUGUUUAUGUAAUUAUUUUUUUAAUGGCAUCAAAAGUGUUUUGUUUUUUUUUUUUUUCUCCAAGAGUGCAUGUUUAUUGUUAACUCCAAAAAAUAAAACGGUUUUCUUUAUUUUUAUUUUUGGAAAGUUAAGGUCACAAGAGUACCAAACAUUUUUACUCCUCAGAACGUUGCACUUUGUUUUUUUUUAGUCAUGCUGCUGCCCCCUUUAUGAAUCAUUGAAAUUUGUGAGAGCAAGCUGCAUGUCAGUGCUAGUCUCUCAAAUCCAUGUUAAAGGAUUGGUUUGGAUUUUUUUCAAGUUUAUUUUCACACAAAACUCUCAUGCCGUACGUACAGUAUGUUAAAAGCUUUAUGGGCCACUGUAAUCAUCUCUCCCAUUCGCUCCGGUUGUGAAGUGAUACCUACAUAGAGCAACUAUGUCAGAGAUGGAGGACAAAAAUCCACACGCCUCGUUUUGUGCAAAAAUGCGUUCUUAAGGUCGGCUAAAACUUAAUUAUUAUUAUCCAAAUUGAUGGCUUUUCUUGGCGUGUUGGUUUGUUGACGGGGAAAAAAAUUACAGGUAAUAAGCUCACAUGUGACUGCAAGGACAAAGGCACCCACUUGAUUUAGCUAUUCUUAGAGAGCUGAAGCCUCCUGUUCGUUUGGUCUGAACUUUCGAAUGCAUUUUUGCACGGCACAUAGACGUGAUCAUUUUUUGUACCCCGUUUCUUAAAGUGUCGGCGCUCUGCAAAGGUAUUUCUACACAAAUUGUAUGAACAAAAUUCAUUUUCACAGCUAUCAAUAACAUUUUCAACAUACAUAUGAUAUAGAACGACCUGGAAAAAUUAAAACUUGACUUUAAAGUAGCUUUAAAGAAAUAUUCCCCGAAAUCUAUCCUUUUAGUACAACUCAAUGCCUGUAGGCUGUUUAUUUUGUAAAAGGCCCUAUAUGAAGAAUAGAAGCUGUGGACAGGUUGAAUUCCAUGUCACUCAUAGUGGUGGAAAGUUUCACAGCAGAAAAAAAGUAUCUUGGCAAUAGAAACUUCUUAAUAAUCCCUCCUACAGUGUAAUCCACCUCUCGAAUGUCUGUUGGUGUGGUAGUAUGUUCCAAACACUUAUAGUUUUGCCAAAAUAUGGUUAAAUACACUACUGCUACACUACUACUAGGGAGAGGGACAGCAAGACAUUGAGGCUGUGUAUUUAGCCAUAUUUUGUUGAAACUAUGAGGAAAAUUUGGAACAAACUGACAGCUGAAAGGUUACUGAUUCAUCAGUCAUGUAUCAGACCAGAUCGUUUUGUCAAAGACAGCUCCUAAUUUGAAAUUUGAAGGUUUUAAACUGAUUCCAGAUCGGCACUGGGGCUGUUAUGUAGAGAGCAAAGCAACUGAUAUGAACCACCAGGAGGCACUGUAAUGUGAAGUUAAGCAGUAGUGGGGUUAUCCCAUAAUGCAGUAGCACUAUUGAGUAUUGUCCCUUUACAUUUAUCAUUCUGAGCAUGUCUGUCUUUAUCCGACCAGACUGUGCAUUGACAUUGAUUUAUCUAGAGACUUAACGGUCCCUUCUGCACUCUUUAUGGUUUUUUUUAAAGACAUUUUCUUCCAGUUGUUGUGCUAGAAAAAGCCGUGCCAUAUGUACAGAUUGUAAGGGCUUUUUCCAGUUCUGUGAUUGCACUGUGCAAAAGGCUGUAUUGAGUACCUUUUGAUGUCAAUUAACUGCUUUUUACGACCUUUUUGCGGAACGUGAAAUAUGUGACUUUUUUUGGUUUGUACCAGACUUCCAGGAUCUGUGACCGGGGGGGGGUGUUUUGCUUUUUUUUGACAUUGAGAAUGAAAACAUACAUAGAGAUAUGAUACGGAGCAGCUUUAAUUCCACAUCAAAGUUGGUUUUAAACAAGACACACACACACACAAUUACACAUCUUAAGGGAAUUUAAUUCCAUUGCCUUAACCUGUAGAUAUAUAGCAUUGGCGUCCUUUUUUAUAGUUUCCAUCUAAUUGCAAGUUAUGAUGUCAGAAUUAAUUUCAUCUUGCAUGACUUUGAUAAUAGUACUUGUGUACAUGAAAUUGAAUGAAUGAUUUCUUGCUUUAACAGUCAGUACUUGGUCCUGGAGUACUACUCAUUGUAUAUACUGUAAUAGCUUUUUUUAACGAGACAGUUUGCAGCUUUUUUUUGUGGGCAUCUAAUUUAGUGGACAUUAACAGGAGUGUGUUGUUGGUAGGCAAAGAACCUUAGUGUAUCAAGGUGUUGAUCAGCUGGUAGUGGUGGUACAUAAUUGUUGGUAGACCUGAUAGAACAAAAAUGAUAAGUUGCUGUGGCUUCAGGCACCCUUUUGUUUAAUUUUUACUGAUUAAGAUGAUUCAAUCAGUGUAUUUAUAUACUUGCCUCUAGGAAAUGUUUUUUGUGAAUGAUUUUGUUUGAGGAGAAUCAAAAUGAGAUUUCUAUGUUUGUUUGGUAAAGAUGAAAAAUAAAUAAGAAAUGCUUGAUGUCA